UAUUUAAAUAAAAUACAACAUUACAAACAAUAUGACAAAUCUUCAUUUUUUAAAUACACAAUUAUUUGUUCAUGAAAUUCACCAAAAACAACACCAUUUUAUUUAGAGCCGAGAAUUGGUCAUACUUAUUGGACCAUCGGGGUUUUCAGGAAUUGAUUGGUAUUAAGUAUUGACUAACACUUCAUGACAAGGUAUUCCAACCAAUUUGUGUCUGCUACCAGAUGUAUCAACCAACAUACCACCAAUUUAACAUAGCACAUUGUCAUUCCUGGUUUUAACCAUGUUUUAAUCGGUUUAGCGGAAACCAAAAUCGAGUAAGCCACAUCCCUAGUCCCACAUUCUCAUCUAUGUCAAGGGUUCACUUUCUUUCUAGGGUUUAAACUUUAAAGGAACUCGCUGGUAGGAAUGUAUAUGAAUCGGGUGGUUCAAAUUUAGUCGUUUUAAUCAUCCAUACUAUACACUUUGAUUUGAAAAUACUAAUUCAUAGAUACCAAAAAAUUUAUAAAUCUACGGUUGUUUAUGAUUUGGUUGGAUUGGGUGGGCUAAAAUUUUAAGUACAAAUCCAACCCAACACUAACAAAAUUAUACAAUUAAUUAAAUUUUAGCAAAUAAACAAAGUGAAAAAUAUAAAAUGCAUAGAAGUGGUUGUUUGGCUCUUAAAGAAGUGCAAUUUCAUUCAACAUAUGCCUAGUAUCUUUCAUAAAUAUUUAUCAAAAUAAACUAAAGACGUUAUUCAUUAUAAACUAACACAUCAAUAAUAUGUUAUUCUUCUAAAAUUUAUACAAACAAACAACAUGAACCAUACCUUAUAUCAAAUACAUUUGAUAUGACACUAUCCAUUUUUCCUCACAUAUAUGAUUGUAUACGAUAAUCUUAAACCUUAAUUUUAGCGUUACAUACAAAUAUGUUGGAUCGGAUUGGACGGGUGGGUGGAUCUACGGUAAUUUUGUUCACCCAACCGCCCCUUAAACCCUAGCCCUGAAGAAAUGCCUUCCUUGCUCGGAGAUUUACAGCUAUUCCAUUUUCAAGCGAGGCCAACACUUAAACCCUGACAGGGAUUACUUCGAAUACAGUCAAUAGAAAUGAAUCGAGCGAGGCUAAUUCUUUCGGCCAUCAAGCUCUCCAGAAUUGCCUGCUCUACUAGACUUCACCCUGCUCCGCGGGUGCCCCUGCUCUCUCAGGUAACCAGUUUCUCUCAAAUUUCUCAGUCCGAGUCUCACUUUUUCCACGCCCAUCAAAGGCGCUGCUUCUCUCCUCGGCGAACUCUGUGGUAGAGCUACUGUUAGGAAAUCAUUGGUCUACGGAGUUGACGAACCAGUUGGAGAAUGCCCACUUCCCGAUUACCCAUGAGACGGUUGUUUAUAUCGUGAAGAAACUGAACCAAGCGCCAGACAAGGCAUGGGGUUUUUACAAUUGGGUCACAACGAGAGAUGGGUUUGUACCAAGCUCCUCGCUUUAUAACUUGCUGCUUAGAAUAUUUGCUAAGAAGGAUUCCAUGAAGAAGUUUUGGAUCACUCUAAGGAAAAUGGAGGAGCAUGGAUUUUGUUUGGAUGAGGAGACGUAUAGUGCGCUUUUGGGGGUGUUUAAGAAGGAUCAAAUGCAGAAUGAUGCUGUGGCGUUGAAACAAUUUUAUGACAGGAUGAUUCGAGAAAAUGCGACGGAUGGUGUGGCGAAGAAGGUGGCUGGCGCUAUUGUAGAAGCAGAGUGGGGUGAUGAGGUUAAGAAAAGGUUGGAGGAUAUGAAGAUUGUGUUGUCCGAUAAUUUCGUGAUAAGAGUGUUGAGGGAGCUCAAGAAUCAUCCUUCCAAAGCUUUGAGCUUUUUCCAUUGGGUUGCUACGUGCGAGGGUUAUAAGCACAACACCGUCACUUACAAUGCAAUGGCAAGGGUUCUUGGCAAGGAAGAUACAAUGGGGGAAUUCUGGAUCAUUGUUGAGGAGAUGAAGAGUGCUGGUUAUUAUAUUGAUAUUGAUAGCUAUAUGAAGAUCUCGGGGCGUUUCCGUAAGUACGAAAUGUAUGAGGAGUCAGUAACCCUUUAUGAGUUCAUGAUGGAUAGUCCGUUUAAACCCUCUACGCAAGACUGUAGUUUACUACUUAGAAACAUGUCUGCAAGCCGUAAGCUGGAUCUGAGUUUAGUUUUCAGAGUUGCGAGGAAGUAUGCGGCGAGUGGGAAUGUUCUCUCGAAAGCUAUUUAUAAUGGGCUAUAUAGGUCGCUUGUGAAUGCAGGAAGCUUCGCAAAAGCAGACCAGAUUGCGAAUGCUAUGAGAUCUGCAGGAUAUGAGCCAGAUAAUAUCACCUACAGCAACUUGGUUUUUGGUCUUUGCAAAGCAGGAAGAUUUGAAGAAGCUUCUAAAGUCUUGGAUGAUAUGGAAGCAAAUGGAUGUCCGCCGGAUAUCAAGACCUGGACCAUUUUAAUUCAAGGCCACUGUAAUGCUGGGCAGCUUGAAGAGGCACUAAUGUGCUUUGGUACAAUGAUGAGAAAAGAUGGUUGUGCUGAUGCUGAAUUGGUGGAGGUUUUGGUGAAGGGCUUUGUUGAUCAAAAGAGGAUAGAUGGUGGAUACACAUUCCUUGUCGAGAUGAUCAAUAAUGCUCAUGUGACACCUUGGCUAGCUACAUAUAAACUUCUUAUAGAAAGCCUCUUAGGAGCAAGCAAACUUGAAGAGUCCAUGAAUCUCCUUCGUUUGAUGAGACAGCACAACUACCCUCCAUAUGCCGAGCCUUUUGUUCAAUACAUAUCCAAGUAUGGGACAGUGCAAGCUGCUGCAGAUCUCCUUCAGUCAUUGAGUAGUAAACAGUAUCCAUCAUUGGAAGCUUAUAAGUAUGUUCUUGAAUCUUUCUUCAAGGAGGGCAGACAUUCUGAGGCACAGGAUCUGCUUAACAAAUUUCCUUAUCAUGUCCGCGAGCAUUAUCGAACUGGUAAGCUGUUUGGCUCGGCAAAGAAGGGUGAAACCGCAACCUUAGCCAAGUAAACUGUCACAGUGUCACGUAAUUGGGUUUUAUCUUACACAAGUUGUCUAUUCUGGUUGAAAAAAACACCUUAGUGGGU